AUGUCUGCUGUCAGCUAUCUGCGAUCUGAAGCUCAGUUUCUGUGCUCCAUCUGUCUGGAUGUGUUCACUGAUCCAGUCAGCACACCAUGUGGACACAACUUCUGCAAAAACUGCAUCACUCAGCACUGGGACAUGAGUCAGAGGUGUCAGUGUCCCAUGUGUAAAGAGACUUUCUGCACUAGACCUCAGUUAAGGGUCAACACAUUAAUCUCUGAAAUAGUUGCUCAGUUCAGACGUAAAGCUCAGCAGAAAGCCAGCAGCAGCAGCUCAGAGCAACAAGCUGCCAAACCAGGAGAAGUUCCCUGUGACAUCUGCACUGGAACCAGACUGAAGGCGCCGAAGUCCUGCCUGGUGUGUCUGACCUCCUACUGUCAGACUCACCUGGAGCCUCAUCUGACAGCUUCACGUCUGAAAAGACAUCAGUUGGUGGAACCUGUGGAGAACCUGGAAGACAAGAUGUGUACAAAGCACGAUAAACAUCUGGAGCUGCUCUGUAAGACCGACCAGACAUGUGUCUGUGUGCUCUGCUCUGUUUUAGACCACAAGAACCAUGAGUUUGUUCCUCUGAGAGAAGAAUAUGAAGGAAAGAAGGAAGAGCUGAUGAAGACAGACUCUGAGGUGGAGCAGCUCUCAUGCUCUGAAGACCACCUCCACCCCCUCCAAGGCCUCUCACUGCUGAAAUCUGUGGCUCAGGUGAAGGAGCCGCUCAGGAGAGACAUGAAGAAGAAGCUACUUGAGGCUGAGCUGAAGAGCGUCCAGCAGUAUGCGGUGAAUGUGAGUCUUGAUCCUGAUACAGCAAAUUCCUGGCUCGUCCUGUCCGAUGAUGGAAAACAAGUGUAUCAUAGUGAUGUGAAGAAGACUCUUCCAGACAACCUGGAGAGGUUUUCUCCGUGUAUAAUGGUUUUGGGAAAGCAAAGUUUCUCUUCGGGAUUUUACUUUGAGGUUCAGGUUAAAGGAAAGACUGAGUGGGAUUUAGGAGUGGCCAGAGAGUCGAUAAAAAAAAAGGGUCAACUCAUUUUGUGUCCUCAAAACGGUUUCUGGACUUUAUGGCUGAGAAAUGGAAAUGAGUACAGAGCUCUCAUUGGUUCACCACUGCCCCUUUCUCUUCAGCCUGGUCCUGAGAAGGUGGGGAUGUUUGUGGAUUAUAAGGAGGGUCUGGUCUCCUUUUAUGAUGUAGAUGCUGGCACUCUCAUCUACUCCUUUACUGGCUGCUCCUUCACUGAGAAACUCUACCCAUACUUCAGUCCUGGUCUUCAUCAUGAUGGCAGAAACUCUGCACCUCUGAUCAUCUGUCCUGUCAAUCGAACUCAUUAA